AUGGCUCUGCUGGUGGACGCUGAGUUCCCUGUGAUCCAACAGAACCAGCAGAAAGACCUGAAACCUUUGUUUGGAGCUCAACACCCCGCUGAAGAGCCAGAACAAUCCUCUGGUUUGAUGGAGGGCCAGAGGAAGAGAAAGAGGACCAUCUUCAGUCGAGCCCAGCUGUCUGAGCUGGAGCAGGUCUUUGCUGUGACCCCGUAUCCAGACAUCACUCUGAGGGAGAGGCUGGCAGCGCACACACACCUGCCAGAGAGCAAGAUACAGGUCUGGUUCCAGAACAGAAGAGCCAGAAGUAUUAAGACUGGUAGAUUCCUCAAGUCGACCAAUUCUGAUGUGAGAGGUGGCGGUUUUACAGAACCUUCCGCAAACCCACCAUCAACCACUCUGGCAGACGUGUUCAAGCAAGACCCGAACCACUACUGUGAAGACGUGCCGCACAUUUACUCAGACUGGAUCCAAAUCUACAGCAGCCCGGUGUCUUCCACACAAGCAUCGUCCUCAUCCCUCCACCAGCAGCCCGCCCAGAAGCUGCUCAAAAGCUGCUCCAAGCCUUCAGGCUCUUGUUUCUGGGAAGAAGAGCACCACAGGCAGACACACAUGGGUUCAAAGAUCUCCGGUUUGAUUGCUGGCUCCUUUCCUCAACCCAUCAGCAGGCAGUCUCACCACCCUGCCUCCAGCAGUUCCUACCAGACCUUUACAAACUUCAAGCCCCAGACCCUCGCACCGUCUGGGAACCAUCAGCCCAUGUAUGGAGCCCACAGUGGAGGAGGAGGGGGGAGCAGUUCAAUAGACCAGGUCAUUCCUGCCCAUCCUCAACCAGUGUACUGGGAGGCAACUCAAGGACAGGGACACCGCCACCAACACCACCCGCAGGUUGGACCACAGACCUCUAUGGGAUACAUCUCAGAUCUGAUCUAUAAUGCUGCUAUUGUAACCAAUUUUCUAGAGUUCUGA